UCCAUGCGGUGGGAUUUUUUUCCGGGCUAAAGAAAUAAAAUAACAAGCCUGACCUGAUUCCUCCCCCCCUUCCUCUUCCUUUCUCCUCUUCCUCUAGGAGAGUCGAGGACUAUCCCAAUUGUGAAGCGGGGGAAAAAACCUGAUCACCACCAACCCCUGGUGCAUCCCUUUCCCACUACCCUUUGACAUGCAACCUUCCUUGGGAUGGGACAAGCCGGGAUGCAGCUGUGGCUUCAGAAGAAAUUGGGGAAAACUGGGAAUCUUUGCUCUCAUGACAGUGGAAGUGAGCUCCUGGAGCCGGGUUCUGCUGCUCUCUGUGGGGCUGCUGGCUGUCUCAGCAACCGCCCAGAACUGCAGUCACAUUUUGCAGGGCCCAAACGGGACAAUACAGAGUCCAGGCUUUCCAUAUGGAUAUCCAAAUUAUGCAAACUGCACGUGGACAAUCACUGCUGAAGAGCAGAACAGGAUACAGCUUGUUUUCCAGUCCUUUGCGUUAGAGGAAGAUUUUGAUGUAUUAUCUAUCUACGAUGGACUGCCUCAGCAGGGGAAUCUGAGAACAAGGUUAACGGGUUUCCAGCUGCCUGCUCCUAUUGUGAGUACAGGGGUUGUGCUGUCGUUAUGGCUUGUGAGCGAUUAUGCGGUCAGUGCUCAAGGCUUCCAGGCAAGCUAUGAAGUUCUACCAAGUCAUACGUGUGGAAACCCAGGAAGGCUGCGGAACGGGAUCCAGCAAGGGACAACAUUCAGCAUUGGAGACAAAGUGAGAUACAGCUGCAAUCCAGGCUUCUUUUUGGAAGGGCACGCGUUGCUCACGUGCCAUGCCAAUUCAGAAAAUGGUGCCUCCUGGGAUUUUCCUCUACCCUUUUGCAGAGCUGAUGAUGCUUGUGGAGGGACGUUACGAGGACAGAGUGGAAUUAUCUCAAGCCCUCAUUUUCCUUUGGAGUAUGGCAAUAAUGCAGAUUGCACGUGGACUAUUCUAGCUGAACCUGGAGACACUAUUGCUCUGGUUUUCAUGGACUUUCAGCUGGAAGAUGGAUAUGACAUUUUAGAAGUUGCUGGAACCGAGGGAUCUUCGCUCUGGUUUACUGGAAUGAAUCUGCCUGCCCCAGUUAUCAGCAGUAAAAAUUGGCUGCGGCUUCACUUCACAUCAGAUGGCAACCACAGGCAAAAGGGGUUCAGUGCCCAAUAUCAAGUGAAAAAGCAAAUUGAGCUGAAGUCCAGAGGGGUGAAGCUAAUGCCCAGCAAAGACAAUAACCAGAAGACAUCAGUAUUAACUCAGGUUGGUGUGUCCCAGGGACAUAAUAUGUGUCCAGACCCUGGGAUUCCAGAGAGGGGCAAAAGAAUAGGCAACGAUUUUAGGUUAGGAUCCAGCAUCCAGUUCACCUGCAACGAGGGCUACGAUUUACAAGGAUCCAAAAGCAUCACCUGUAAGAGAGUGAGUGACAUAAUUGUUGCAUGGAGUGACCACAGGCCAGUGUGCAGAGCCAGGAUGUGCGAUACGUACCUUCGUGGUCCCAGUGGGGUGAUAACUUCUCCCAACUAUCCUGUGCAAUACGAUAACAAUGCGUACUGCGUGUGGGUCAUCACCGCUCUCAAUCCGGCCAAGGUUAUCAAACUCACCUUUGAAGAAUUUGAACUAGAAAGAGGAUAUGACACGCUGACAGUUGGUGAUGGAGGACAAGUCGGAGACCAGAAAACUGUGCUUUACGUCUUGACAGGUACCACGGUUCCUGAUCUCAUUGUCAGCACACACCACCAGAUGUGGCUCCUCUUCCAGACAGACAGUGUCAGCAACUUACUAGGAUUCAAAGCAACCUAUGAAGAGAUCGACCAAGGGAGCUGCGGUGACCCUGGGGUACCAGCCUACGGCAGAAGGGAAGGCUCCACCUUUCGCCAUGGGGACAGCUUGAAGUUUGAGUGCCAGCCUGCCUUUGAGCUGAAGGGACAGAAAACAAUUACCUGCCAAAAGAGUAGCCAGUGGUCUGCUCAGAAACCAAUCUGUGUUUUUUCCUGCUUUUUCAACUUCACCACCCCAUCUGGGAUUGUGCUGUCACCAAAUUACCCUGAAGAAUAUGGGAGCAGCUUGCACUGUGUUUGGUUAAUUAUAGCUAAACCUGAAAGCCGAAUUCACUUGGCUUUCAAUGAUUUUGAUGUGGAGCCUCAGUUUGAUUUCCUAGCUGUGAAGGAUGGUGGGACUGCUGAAUCGCCAGUGCUGGGGACCUUCUCAGGAAACCAGAUCCCCUCUUCUCUGACCAGCAGUGGUCACGUUGCCAGGCUGGAGUUCCAGACUGACCACUCCAUGGAGAAAAGAGGCUUCAACAUAACAUUCACCACGUUUAGGCAUAACGAGUGCCCGGACCCUGGAGUGCCUGUGAAUGGAAAGCGAUUUGGUGACAGUCUCCAGCUGGGCAGCUCUGUGUCCUUCCUUUGUGACGAGGGCUUCAUCAGGACACACGGCUCAGAAACCAUCACUUGCAUCCUGAAGGAAGGAAACGUGGUUUGGAACAACGCAGUGCUCAGAUGCGAAGCACCGUGUGGGGGCCACCUCACGUCUCCCAGCGGGACCAUCCUGUCCCCUGGCUGGCCUGGAUUCUACAAGGACUCCCUGAACUGCGCGUGGGUCGUGGAAGCCCAGCCAGGCUACCCCAUCAAGAUCACGUUUGACAGAUUUAAGACUGAGGUGAAUUAUGACACCCUGGAAGUGCGAGAUGGCCGGUCCUAUUCUUCCCCGUUGAUAGGUGUCUAUGAUGGGACUCAGGUGCCCCAGUUCCUCAUCAGCACCAGCAACUACCUCUACCUCCUCUUCACCACUGACAAAAGCCACUCUGACAUAGGCUUUCAGAUCCGAUAUGAAACUGUGAAGCUCCAGUCCGACCACUGUUUAGAUCCGGGGAUCCCUGUAAACGGACAGCGUCACGGCAAUGAUUUCUACGUGGGCGCACUGGUGACGUUCAGCUGUGAUUCAGGCUACACCCUAAGUGACAGCGAAGCCCUGGAGUGUGAGCCAAACUUCCAGUGGAGCCGGCCGCUGCCCAGCUGUGAGGCUCUGUGUGGAGGUUACAUUCGUGGUUCCAGUGGUACCAUCUUAUCUCCAGGCUUCCCUGAUUUCUAUCCCAACAACUUGAACUGCACCUGGACGAUAGAAACAUCACAUGGAAAAGGUGUGUUCUUCACCUUUCAUACCUUCCACCUGGAGAACGGCCAUGACUACCUGCUCAUCACGGAGAACAGCAGCUUUGCUCAGCCGCUGAAACAGCUCACCGGCUCUCGGCUGCCUGCCCCGCUUAGUGCAGGGCUCUUUGGAAACUUCUCCGCUCAGAUUCGCUUCAUCUCAGAUUUCUCCAUGUCCUACGAGGGUUUCAAUAUCACCUUCUCAGAAUAUGAUCUGGAGCCCUGCGACGAGCCGGAGGUCCCAGCCUACAGCAUCCGGAAGGGCCUGCAGUUUGGCGUGGGGGAUGUCCUUACCUUUUCCUGCUUCCCUGGGUACCGCCUGGAGGGCGCCUCCCGCAUCACCUGCCUCGGGGGGAGACGGCGUGUGUGGAGUUCGCCUCUGCCAAGGUGUGUUGCUGAAUGUGGUUCAUCUGUAACUGGAACUCAAGGUGUUCUGCUGUCCCCCAACUACCCAAUAAACUAUAACAACAACCAUGAAUGCAUCUACUCCAUCCAGACCCAGCCAGGAAAGGGGAUCCAGCUGAAAGCCAGGACUUUUGAACUGGAGGCAGGAGAUGUCCUCAAGGUCUAUGAUGGCAGCAAUAGCUCUGCUCGCCUGCUGGGUUCCUUUAGUCGCACUGAAAUGCUCGGCACAAGUAUAAACAGCACUUCCAGCACCAUGUGGCUCGAGUUUAUCACCAACAGCGAGAACACGAGUAAAGGCUUUGAGCUGCAGUUUUCUAGUUUUGAACUCAUUAAAUGUGAGGACCCUGGCAUCCCACAGUUCGGCUACAAGGUCCAUGAUGAAGGACAUUUUGCUGGCAGCUCUGUAUCCUUUAACUGUGACCCUGGCUAUACCCUGCGAGGCAGCAGGGUGCUGAUCUGCCUGACUGGGGAGCGGAGAGCUUGGGAUCAACCCCUGCCGACCUGCAUAGCUGAGUGUGGGGGUGCUAUCAAAGGCGAGUCCUCAGGACGAAUACUGUCUCCUGGCUACCCGACACCCUACGAUCAUAAUCUUAAUUGUAUUUGGACGAUAGAGGCAGAAGCUGGUUGCACGAUAGGGCUUCAUUUCAUGGUUUUCCACACUGAGGAGUUCCACGACGUGCUGAGGAUAUGGGACGGCCCAGUGGAGAACGGGAUCCUUUUAAAGGAGAUAAGUGGGUCUGGCUUACCCGGUGAUGUCCACAGUACUUUCAAUUCUGUCAUCCUUCAGUUCAACACUGAUUUCUUCACAAGCAAGCAGGGCUUUGCCGUUCAGUUUUCAGUUUCUACUGCCACUUCCUGCAACGACCCAGGGAUUCCCCAGAACGGGAGCCGGAGUGGUGACAGCAAAGAGGCAGGUGACUCCAUCGUCUUCCAGUGUAAUCCAGGAUACGCUCUGCAAGGGGAGGCCAAAAUCACUUGCGUGCAGAUUGAGAACAGAUUUUUCUGGCAACCAGACCCUCCCUCCUGCACAGCUCCCUGUGGAGGUAUCUUGACAGGACCGGCCGGAGUCAUCUUGUCCCCCCAGUACCCAGAGCCCUACCCGCCGGGGAAGGAGUGUGACUGGAAGCUGACCGUCUCGCCCGACUACGUCAUUGCCCUGGUGUUCAAUACCUUUAAUUUGGAGCCUGGGUAUGAUUUCCUUCACAUCUAUGACGGACCUGAUUCGCUCAGCCCCCUCAUUGGAAGCUUUUAUGGCUCCCAGCUGCCCGAGAGGAUAGAGAGCAGCAGUAACAGCCUCUUCCUCGCUUUCCGCAGCGAUGCCUCUGUGAGCAACACUGGAUUUGUAAUCGACUACACAGAGAAUCCCAGGGAGUCUUGCUUCGAUCCUGGCUCUAUUAAGAAUGGUACGCGAGUGGGAACAGAUCUGAAGCUGGGAUCAACAGUCACCUACUACUGUGACGGGGGGUACGACAUUGAGGGGGUCUCCACCCUGACGUGCGUAAUGGGAGGGGACGGGAAACCCACAUGGAACAAGCCUCGACCUACCUGCACAGCACCCUGUGGCGGUCAGUACACGGGCUCAGAUGGCGUAGUUCUCUCUCCGAAUUAUCCCCAGAAUUACACCAGCGGACAAGUCUGCUUGUACUUCAUUGUUGUGCCGAAGGACUACGUGGUCUUCGGGCAGUUUGCCUUCUUCCAGACCGCGCUCAACGAUGUCAUUGAAGUUCACGACGGCCCCAACCAGCACUCGCGGCUCCUCAGCUCGCUCUCAGGCUCGCAUACAGGUGAAUCAUUACCAUUAGCUACCACCAACCAAAUUCUUAUCAAAUUUAGUUCCAAGGGUCAGUCGACAGCCAAAGGUUUUCAUUUUGUCUACCAAGGUAGGUACAGUUGUGAUGAUAAGAAGUGCGGUUCCUCGGACCAGCGCCGCUACGGCAGGCGGCUGGGCAGCGAUUUCUCGGUGGGGGCCGUGGUGCGGUUCGAGUGCAGCGCGGGGUACGCGCUGCAGGGCUCGCGGAGCAUCGAGUGCCUCACCAUGCCGGGAGCCCUGGCGCAGUGGAACGUUUCGGUACCCACCUGCGUGGUGCCGUGUGGUGGAAAUUUGACUGAACGCAAAGGUACCAUCCUUUCCCCUGGCUUCCCUGAGCCUUACCUGAAUAGUCUCAACUGUGUGUGGAAGAUAACAGUCCCCGAAGGAGCCGGCAUACAGAUUCAGGUGAUCAGUUUUGUUACUGAGCAGAACUGGGAUUCCCUGGAAGUGUUUGAUGGAGGGGAUAACACCGCCACCAUGCUGGGAAGUUUCUCUGGAACUACAGUGCCUGCGUUGCUGAACAGCACUUCAAACCAGCUCUAUCUGCAUUUCUAUUCGGAUAUCAGUGUCUCUGCUGCAGGCUUUCACCUGGAGUACAAAACUGUUGGCCUGUCCAGCUGCCCAGAGCCCCCCAUUCCUGGGAAUGGCCUGAAGAUUGGAGAGCGGUAUUUAGUGAACGAUGUUGUCUCUUUCCAGUGUGAACCAGGCUACGCGCUUCAGGGGCACUCUCACAUUUCCUGUAUGCCGGGGACUGUCCGCCGCUGGAAUUACCCACCUCCACUUUGCAUCGCCCAGUGCGGAGGAACAGUGGAAGAGAUGGAGGGAGUACUCCUGAGCCCAGGGUUCCCAGGAAACUAUCCAAGCAACCUGGACUGCACAUGGAGGAUAUUGCUGCCAGUGGGUUUUGGUGCUCACAUCCAGUUUCUAAAUUUCUCCACUGAGCCGAACCAUGACUUUGUCGAAAUCCGCAACGGGCCGUACGACACUACCUAUGGCCCUGACCCUGAGCCUUUUGCAAAUGGUGUCGUAAGAGGAGCCGGUUACAACGUUGGCCAGUCCAUCUCUUUUGAGUGUCUUCCUGGAUACCAGCUGAUUGGUCACCCUGUCCUCACAUGUCAGCAUGGCACCAACAGGAACUGGGACCACCCAUUGCCCAGGUGUGAAGUGCCUUGCGGAGGGAACGUCACCACCCAGAAUGGUACGGUUUACUCUCCUGGCUUCCCCAACCAGUAUCCCAAUUCCCAGGACUGCACUUGGCUCCUUACAGUGCCGGUGGGAUAUGGGAUCCAUCUCAACUUCACUCUGCUGCAAACAGAGCCCUACAAUGAUUUCAUCACUAUUUGGGAUGGUCCACAGCAAACAUCCCCACAGCUUGGUGUAUUCACUGGCAGCUCUGCUACGAAAUCAGCCCAAAGCUCUUCCAAUCAGGUCCUGAUGAAAUUCCACAGUGAUGCAGCCAAUGGAGGGAUUUUUGCCGUUUAUUUCUAUGCCUAUCAGCUCUUCAGAUGUCAACCCCCAACCGUUGUUCCCAAUGCCGAAAUCAUCACGGAGAACGAAGAAUUUAACAUAGGUGAUGUAGUGAGGUACAGAUGCCUUCCUGGCUUUACCUUGACUGGAAAUGAAAUCCUGACCUGCAAGCUGGGCACUCAUCUCCAGUUUGAAGGUCCUCCACCCACUUGCGAAGUGCACUGCCCAAUGAAUGAGGUGAUGACAGACUCCACCGGUGUGAUCCUCAGCCAGAGCUUCCUGGGAAGUUACCCCCACUUUCAGACCUGUUCCUGGGUAGUGAAAGUAGAGCCUGGGUAUAACAUCUCCCUCACCAUCGAGUACUUCCUGAGCGAGAAGCAAUAUGAUGAGUUUGAAAUCUUUGAUGGUCCCUCUGGCCAGAGUCCAUUGCUCUUGUCACUGAGUGGGAACUACUCUGCUCCGUUAACUGUUACCAGCAGUGGGAACAAAGUCUAUCUCCGUUGGUCUUCUGAUCAUGUCUACAAUAGAAAAGGCUUCAAAAUCCGCUACUUUGCUCCUUACUGCAGCCUCCCACAACCCCCAGCGCACGGACUGAUUCUCGGCCAGACUGGUCUGCACCCAGGGAGCACUGUCCGGUUUGGCUGUGACACAGGAUACCGUCUCGUUGGCCACAGCGUGGCCACCUGCUCUCAGCACCCUCAAGGCUACUUCCACUGGGACGAAGCAAUCCCACUGUGCCAAGCUGUCUCCUGUGGAGUUCCCAGAGCCCCAGAGAACGGUGUCGUCUUUGGCAAGGAGUACACCGUGGGCACCAAGGCCGUGUACCACUGCAACCAGGGCUUCCACCUGCAGCCCGGCGAGGAGCCCACCGCCGAGUGCCUGCAUGCUGGGCACUGGAGCAACGGCAACGAGCCCCCGCGCUGCGUCGCUGUCACCUGUCCCGAUAUCAACAGCAUUGCAGUCGAGCACGGUCGGUGGCGGUUGACCUACGAGAUCCAGUACCACUACAACGCCCAGCUCAUGCUUAUCUGUGACCCUGGCUACUACUACACAGGCCAGCGGGUCAUCAGGUGCCAAGCCAACGGCAAGUGGAGCGUAGGCGAGCCGAUGCCGACCUGCAAAAUUAUCUCUUGCGGAGACCUGCCAGUUCCACCUAAUGGGAACAAGAUUGGCACAUUGACCAGCUAUGGCGCUACAGCCAUCUUCUCGUGCAACAUCGGCUACACCCUGGUAGGGUCCCGUGUGCGGGAGUGCAUGGCGAAUGGACUUUGGAGUGGAGCAGAGGUGAAAUGUCUGGCGGGGCACUGCGGAGUUCCCAGUCCCAUCGUCAACGGGCUGAUCAAUGGUGAGAACUACAACUACCGGGGCAGUGUGGUUUAUCAGUGUAACCCCGGCUUCCGCCUGAUUGGGAUGUCUGUGAGGAUCUGCCAGCAGGACCACCACUGGUCUGGAAAGACGCCUGUCUGUGUGCCCAUCACUUGUGGCCACCCCGGCAAUCCUGCCAAUGGCUUGACACAAGGGAGUCAGUUCAAUCUGAAUGACGUGGCCAAGUUUGUAUGUAACACUGGAUACCACCUGGAAGGAGCCUCCCAGUCCCAGUGCUUGGCCAACGGACAGUGGAGCAGCUCGCUGCCCGCCUGCCGCGUUGUAAACUGUACUGACCCUGGGCACCUGGAAAACAGCAUCCGUCAAGUGCAGCCAAGCGGUCCUCACAGAUUCAGCUUUGGAACAACUGUCUCGUAUCAGUGCAGCCAUGGAUAUUACUUACUGGGUACCCAUGUACUUACCUGUCAGGGGGAUGGCACUUGGGACCGUGCCCUCCCGCAGUGUCUUUUGGUCUCUUGCGGCCACCCCGGCUCGCCGCCCCACGCCCAGAUCUCGGGCGACAAGUACACCGUGGGCUCUGUGGUCCGGUACAGCUGCCUCGGGAAGAGGACUCUGAUCGGCAACUCCACUCGCAUGUGCCAGCUCGACGGGCGCUGGAGCGGCUCCCCCCCCCACCGCUCAGGAGGCAGCCAAGGCGUAUGUGGGGACCCAGGGAUCCCUUCUCACGGCAUUGGGCUGGGAGAUGAGUUUGAUGUAGACGGCAUGGUCCGGUUCAGCUGUGAGCCGGGUUACACGCUCCGAGGUUCGUCCGAGAGGAUCUGCCAAGCCAAUGGCUCCUGGAGUGGCACGCAGCCAGAAUGCGAAGUUAUAUCCUGUGGAAACCCGGGAACCCCCAGCAAUGCAAGGGUUAUAUUUAAUGACGGCUUGGUUUUCUCCAGUUCCAUUAUCUAUCAGUGCCGGGAAGGCUAUUACUCCACAGGGGUGCUGAGCAGGCACUGCACAGUGAAUGGGACGUGGACCGGGAGCGCUCCAGAGUGCACAGUGAUCAACUGUGGUGACCCUGGUGUGCCAGCCAACGGUAUUAGAUUGGGCAGUGACUUCACCUACAAUAAAACUGUGGUGUUCCAGUGCAUGCCUGGGUAUAUGAUGGAGUCGGACAGGGCCUCCUCUCUAGCUUGUACAAAAGACCGAACCUGGAACGGCACCAAACCCGCCUGCAAGGCUAUCAUUUGUAAAUCCCCGCAAGCCAUACCCAACGGGAAAGUUGUGGGCUCGGAUUUCAGCUGGGGUGCCAGCGUGAGCUACGCGUGUUUAGAAGGAUACCAGCUCUCCCUGCCCGCCAUCCUCACCUGCGAAGGCAACGGGACUUGGAGUGGAGAAAUCCCACAGUGCUUUCCUGUGUUCUGCGGUGAUCCUGGGAUACCAGCUCAAGGCAGGAGGGAAGACAGAGGCUUCACGUACCGCUCCUCUGUCUCGUUCUCCUGCCUAGCCCCACUAGUGCUGGUGGGAUCAGCCCGGCGGUUCUGUCAGUCCGACGGGACGUGGAGCGGGACCCAGCCCAGCUGCAUAGACCCCAGCCUCACAACGUGCGCAGACCCCGGCGUGCCUCUCUUUGGGAUGCAGAACAACUCCCAGGGCUACCAGGUGGGGAGCAUGAUUUUUUUCAAGUGUCAGAAAGGAUACCUGCUGCAGGGAUCGACCACCAGGACCUGCCUCCCCAACCUGACGUGGAGCGGCGUGCAGCCAGACUGUGUCCCUCAUCACUGUAAACAGCCAGAGACCCCCUCCCACGCCAACGUCGGUGCUCUGGAUUUGCCGUCUCUGGGCUACACCUUGAUCUAUUCCUGCCAGAGCGGCUUCUACCUCACGGGAGGCUCUGAGCAUCGAACUUGCAAAGCAGAUGGCAGCUGGACGGGGAAACCACCCAUUUGCCUCGCGGAUGUCCGACCUAGUGGGAGGCCAGUCGGCACUGCGCGGGACCCGCCGCUCGCCAAGGUGUCAGUGCCUGCAGAUGUGUUUGCAAGGAAUUCCCUUUGGAAAGGCUCCUAUGAGUACAUGGGGAAAAAGCAGCCUGCAAUGCUGUCUGUCACUAGCUUCGACCCUGCCACCGGUAAAGUCAAUGCCACAUUGAUAGACCACAGCGGUGUGGAGCUCCAGCUGUCUGGCAUUUACAAGAAAGAAGAUGUGCACCUCCUUCUCCAGGUUUAUCAGAUAACGGGGCCAGUGGAGAUAUUUGUCAACAAGUUCAAAAAUGAUAAAUGGGCUCUGGAUGGACACGUCUCAUCAGAAUCAUCAAGCGGCACGUUUGUGUACCAGGGCUUUGUGCGUGGCAAAGGGUUCGGGCAGUUUGGCCUUCAGAGACUUGACAUCAGCAUGAUUGAAAAUGAUCCAGAAUCAAUAGGACAUCAUUUUGCAUCAAACAGCAGUUCUGUGGCAGCUGCCAUUCUUGUGCCUUUCAUCGCCCUGAUUAUUGCAGGGUUUGUGCUUUAUCUCUACAAACACAGGAGAAGACCAAAAGUCCCAUUCAAUGGCUAUGCAGGCCAUGAAAACACCAACGUCCGAGCAACGUUUGAAAACCCGAUGUAUGACCGAAACCUGCAGCCCACAGACAUCAUGACCAACGAGACGGAGUUCACAGUCAGCACCGUGUGCACAGCUGUAUAGCACUCGUCCCCUCGUGCGGUGAGUGGGCAGAAAGGCAGCGCCGUGCCGUGCUGGGGCAGCCGUUCUCCCAUCUGACCCCUAAGCCAGCCUGGCUGCUCAGGUCAUGAUCAAAAUCCCGGUCAGCUGUUGAGCGGGUGUCUGUGCUGCUGACCGUGGCCUUGCCGCGGCAGCCUGCCCGGACGGCGUUUCGGUCUCGCUGGCAGGCUAUCCAGAGCCUUGCGUUUGUCUCUUUUAAAAGCCAUCCUGUGGGCUAGAUCAAAGCAGUGGCUCAAACGAGCACCGUUCGCCCACCAGAUAUCUCCCUGGGGCGAGGGAUGCAAAACGCAGUGUCGCCAUCUCUGGGUGUCAGAUGCUCGCCGUAAGCUGGGCCCGUGGGCCAGCCCCUAAACAACCCCGCCGUGAGAACGGUCGCCAGGUAGGGAAGGCGGCGUGAGUCUCUGAGGGGGAUCGUUCGCUGUGUGAGCCCAGCCAGGUGUUUUGUGCAGCGGUCGGAGGAGGAUAAAGCGGCGUGGGGUUUUGUUGUUUUGCUGCCCAAGCAGAGAAGAGUAACUUCACGUCAUAAAAGCACCCUGUGGCCCUAAUGGGCACUGCUGGACUGGAAAGUUUUAGUCCAUAAAGAAGCUAUUGCAGGCUUUCCCAGUGUUUCUGUGGGUAGUAACAAGCUGUUUCUUUCUCUCUCCCCCUCCUUCCCCGUGGUCCCAGACUCCUCCGGGGUGGGUAUCUAGUUGACCAUUGUGUUUCAGCUCACUAGUCUCCAUCCGUUCUCUCCCCUCCCCAUCUCCCUCUUCCCGACCUUGCUGCUGCUGUGGAGAAGCUGCUACACCUUGUUGGACUUUGCGUCGACUCUGAGAGACGGCGGGGUGCCCUCCGGCGGCUCGGCCCGCGCCCAAGGGGCUGCUCCGGCUCCGCUCCUCCUUCCCGGCCUCCCGGCGGCUUGCAGCCCCGUGGCAAGACCUCUCUCUCGGCACAGGGGGACCGGGGAAGCCGGGUCGUGAGAAGGCUUUUACAACCCGCUCUUUGCUAUCUGCGGCGAAGGCCUGGCAAGCGGCCGUUUUGCUGGAGGGAGCAGCUGGGUCCCUGGUGCGCAACCAAGCGCCCGUUGCUUUCGGGAAGAGCUUGCAAGACAGGCAAACGCAGGUUGCGCUGCACAAGACGACAAUCGAGUUAAUGGAAAAUACCGGUUAUGGGACACGAAGAGUAGUUGCUUUGUCAUGUUUGUUUCUUUAUCAGUUUGUCUAGUGCAGGGUUUUUACAGAGGAAGAGUUUUCAAAUGGGACCUUUUCUGCAAGAGAAGCAAAACCUUUCAAGUUUUUCUCCUCUUCCCCAUAUUUAACGUUCCUCUGUAGAUUCUCGUUGGGUUUCUUCUGCCCUCUGUUCAUUUUAAUGUUGCUUCUUUGGAAACUGAGACCGCGUUCAGUGCCGGUAAGGAGUCCUCUCCCCACCCUGGCCCUCUCCAAACAGCUGUCAGUUUUAACCGCACCCCAGCAAGGAAACUGCUGACAGACAGUAAGGCACAAAAACCCCUUUAAAAACAACUCUAACAAAUACUAAUUUCCCCCCAACAGCAUUCAGAAACCUUUACCCUUUCCACAUUGAUCCUCCAAAUGGCAAUGCAAUAAGUUUUUAUUUCUAUCCAGAGCUGUUCGCUUUAUUUCCCUGGGGCGGAAAGGUUGGUUUGGCUUUCAUGAGCACAGAUAAGGCGGCUUGACAUUUUUCUUCCCUUAGAAAAGAAUGAUGCUUUUGUGAGGACGCUGCCCUCCGCUAAUGAAGAGGAGAGCUGCUCUUGUUGGUUUAGGAUUUUCGUCUGUUUGGUUUGAGUCAGUCUUUUGUAGGCCAGGCUGGAAUCAAAGAAGGCAACAGUACCGUUUUACCAAACUGUAAAUCAAGCACCUCUCUGACAUACAGCCGACUAAGAGCGGUGUUAGAGUCAGUGAAGAGCUCUUUUUUUUUUGUAGAAGACUUUGAAGGGGAAACAAAAUUAAAAGAAAUGGGGAGGUGUUUACGUCCAUGGUUUCUUUUAAACACUAGGUUUCCCCCACCUAAUGUCAGCUGAGGUUUUGUCUAAUGAAAACCACAAGGUAAUUCUUUUUCCUGUUUUGUUUUUCCUUUUAAUUGUGCGUGUGUGUAUAUAUAUAAAUAUAUAUUAUUAUUUUUUACUUCUGUCUCUUAUUCAGAGCUCUUAGAAUAAGCAGCGUUCGACAACCUAUGUGCUGAACAGCCAGCCUGCCAAAAAAUGCCACCUCUGCUCCCCAAAGCUUGCAGAAGUGUUGUGGUUUAUUCUAGAGAGGU